UACUGUAGCGGCUGCCGAGUUCCAUCUGUCAACAACGAAUACUUACGCAACAGUGCUGUCUGCCUCUUGCCGUAGCCAAUUCUGCAAACAACCCUUCAUCAUACAUUUUAACCGACAUCACACACACUACACAAAAUGUCCAAGAGAGCCGCCGAAGACGAGAGCCUCGCUGCUCCCCUCAAGGGCGGCGACCGCCCCGAGGCCAUGGAUGUUGAUAAGGACCACGACAUGGGCGAGUUCGAGGAUGACUUUGAGGACGAGUUCGAGAGUGAAGACGAGAUCAUCGAGGCCGGUGUUGAUGGCCGCCCAGAUGCCGAGAGAGAGGCUGAGGAGGGCGCCAUGGACGUCGAUGGCGGCCCCGAGACCUUCAUGGUUGGCCGUCAACAGCUCGAGGCCGGCCAGACCCUCACUCCCGAUACCACGACAUACAAGAUGCUUCACAGCUUGAGCACUCCCUGGCCCUGCCUUUCCUUCGACAUCAUCCGCGACGGCCUCGGCGAGAACCGCAAUGUCUACCCUGCCACCAUGUACACCGUCGCCGGUACCCAGGCCGAUGGCGCCCAGGCCAACGACAACUCCCUUCUCGUCAUGAAGUUCAGUGGCCUCAGCAAGAUGCAGGGCGAGGAUGGCGAGGACUCGGACGACGAGGACUCGGAUGAUGAGGACACCGACCCCAUUCUCGAGCACAAGAGCAUCCCCCUCAACACCACUACCAACAGGAUACGCUCCCACCAGUCUCCUGCCCAGGACCCCUCGAGGCCCCCCACCACCCUAACUGCCACCAUGACCGAGUCCUCCCAGGUGCUCAUCCACGACAUCACCCCCCAUCUCGCCUCCUUCGAUACCCCCGGCAUGAUUGUCACUCCCCAACAGAACAAGCCCGUCUGCACCAUCCGCGCCCACAAGACAGAGGGUUACGGUGUAGACUGGUCGCCUCUCCACCCCGCCGGCAAGCUGCUUACCGGUGACAACGACGGUCUGAUCUAUGUCACCACUCGCACUGAUGGCGGCGGUUUCGUCACUGACACUCGUCCCUUCCGCGGCCACACCGGCAGUGUCGAGGAGAUCCAGUGGAGUCCUUCCGAGGCCAACGUCUUCGCCUCUGCCUCCAGCGAUGGUACCGUCCGUGUCUGGGAUGUCCGCAGCAAGAGCCGCUCGCCCGCUCUCACCAUGAAGAUCAGCAACUACGACGUCAACGUCAUGUCAUGGUGCCGCCAGACCAGCCACCUGCUUGCUACCGGUGCCGACGAUGGUGAGUGGGCUGUUUGGGAUCUCCGUCAAUGGAGCAGCAACUCUUCGGCCAAGCCCGCGCCUCUGGCAAACUUCAACUUCCACCAUGAGCAAAUCACCAGCAUCGAGUGGCACCCUACAGACGACAGUAUCGUGGCCGUUGCUGCUGGUGACAACACCGUCACUCUCUGGGAUCUGGCUGUCGAGCUGGAUGAUGAGGAGAGCAGAGAUACCGCCGGUGUCUCGGACGUCCCUCCCCAGCUCCUGUUCGUCCACUACCAGAACAUGGUCAAGGAGCUCCACUGGCACCCUCAAAUACCCGGCGCCCUUGUCGCCACCGGCGAGCAGUUCAGCGUCUUCCGUACCAUCAGCGUAUAAACAACAGCAGAAUAGGAUAUCAAGUUUGGGAAACAAUAUAAAGGUGUUCAGGAUCGGAAUCGGUUGGCUUGUGCGGGAGGUCUAGACCAACAAUGUAUCAAAAGUUACUUGUCCAUCUGCUUAUCGAGAUACCCAUUGACCA